UCUCGUGUGUGCGUCUAACUUUGCCCCCCGGAGACUCGAUUUUUUCACUCGUGUCCAAUAUCUCGAGAGGGAAUAAGCGAAUCCGGGCUCUAUUCGUGCGAUUUAUUUUCGUGUCGUUACUGGAUCGUUGUUACGCUAAGCGGUAAUUCGCAUUGGAAAUAGAGUCGAACCGGUGGUUAGUGAGAAACGAAAGUGAGUCUCGUUCUACGAUCGUAAACUGUCUGGGAUAACCCGGUUGCAUUCCUGUCACGAUCGACCUUCCGCGUCCUUAAACAUGCUCGAUGAUUUGAACAGCUGAGCAAUCGAGAAACGAAAAUUGCCCAUCGAGGCAAGUUCAGUCGCUGUUCUAAUUUAAUAUGACGUCUGGAGAUUUCGACGAAAGAAACCGACGACAUGUUUAGGAACCGAGAGAGAAGCGCAGCGUCGAUCAAUAUCGGAAAACGCGAUACAAAAUACGAGACGGUCGGACCGUUUCGUAAAAUCCGAAAAAUGUCGCUUUACUUUGGCUGCUUUUUAUUCGUGCUGAACUGCGUCGUGGACGCGGGUCCAGUUUCGAGAAACGAUUCCAACAUUCUGCGAAUCGGCAGGCCUCAAGACGCGUCGUCGAUAACGGCCAGGGUGACAAAUUUGAACAGCACCGAUUACGAGGCGGAGAAGCAGACGUCGAAAGAUAGGCGCGGCCCGUUAAUCGAAUUCAGCAAAAACAAUCCGGAACUUGAUUGGAAGAAGUAUCUGAAGUUGUUCGACGAGAAGCAAGAGGAACACGAAGAUCUGGAUAUCGAUUUUAUGAAAGAAAAGUUGCAGAAGACGGCGAACAGUAUUCAAUGGCUGGUGGAUCUUUACGAUCCCCUCGAGUGGUCCAGAGUACCUGGUAAACUCGGCCACGACUGCAGGAACGAACUAGAAUUGUUUCUGAAGUCUCUGAAGGAUGGAAAGCUAUGGGCCGCCAAGAUGUCGGACGCCAGUGGCCGUUACUCGUCGCAGUUCCAUUUCGGGAACGGUUUCUGGCUUGGUUCGAGCACCCUCUGCAAAGAGCUAAAUGCCACCAGAGGAAGUAUUCGCCAGGAACUCGACGAUACUCCGCCCUAUGCGUUGAAAUUUCACGUAGCGAGGAUGUACUUGACGUUGCCCAAGGAACUCGAAUUCUCGACGAGACAAGUAUUUUUGGGUCUUUGCCUGCCAGCUACGUGCGACCAAGCAUCCCUGACCUCGAUGCUAAGAGCGAACGCCGAUCGAGUCGAACGAGAAGGUAACUCGACUUAUCGAUCGACCGGCCCGAAGAUCCACAUCGUUGCGGUGAAAUCUGUGCCUUCGAGCAAUUACAACCCUUGGCGCGAUCCCAAGUCGUACGUUCUCUCCGGAGUUGCAGGCGCGCUAUUAUUUCUGAUGAUCUGUGCGACUAUGUACGAGUACAGAACAGGAGUACAACCGAAUGUCAAGGAUGUGGAAUCAUCUAGCGUAUCGAAUAACAACGAGAGACUGAGCAAUUUUUCCAACAAAAAUCUAAACCAAGAUGGCGAAGUGAUCCAAGAAAACGGGGAGGAGCUGAUCGAAAAGGGGAAGAACUUGCAAAAAGAAUCGCCUGAUCGUUCUGAAAAGGAGAGCAAGAAAGGCUUCUGGCUAACGUGUCUAACAGCCUUCAAUCCUAUCGCGAACGGCAGCAAAAUCGUUAGCACCGAACCUGCCGCGAGAGACAGCCUGACUUGUCUGCAUGGGCUCAGAGUGUUCUCGCUGGGAUGGGUGGUCAUGGUGCACACCUAUCUUCAAGUCUUCUCCAUUGCUGAGAACAAAACCCUGCGUUCGGUGACAGAGCGGAAUUUUAUGUUCCAAACUAUCAGCAACGCCACCUUCUCCGUAGACACAUUUUUCUUCAUCAGUGGCUUGUUAGUUACGAUCCUCUUCUAUCGGUCUUCCGGUAGCUUGAAAAAUGACAAGGGCAUUUUCUGGAAGACGUGUUUCACCAAAUUUAUCAUCAUGAUCCUCUACAGAUUUAUCAGAUUGACACCGGCGUAUCUCUUUGUCCUGGGAAUAAACGAGAUCGCCAUCAAGUAUGCGCUAUCAAGGACGGUGUUCUCGCCAGUGAUCGUCGACCAUUUGACGUGCGAAAAGUUUUGGUGGAGAAACGCAUUGUACCUUAACUCGCUCUACCCUCGUACCGAGAUGUGUAUGCUGUGGAGCUGGUAUAUGGCGAACGACACACAGUUCUACGUUCUCGGAAUACUUUUGCUUCUUCUAUCUAUCAAAUACCUGAAGGCCAUCGUCGUCGUGAUUUUGCUGUUGAUCGCCUCUUCGUGGUUUACCACCUUCUCCGUCGCCUAUUCCAACGAUUACAUCGCCAGAAUCCAAGAACCGUUUGCGCUUUUCGACGAGCUGUACGAUAAGCCUUGGCUGAGAGCUGGGCCUUACUUCGUUGGCAUCAUCACCGGUUACAUUUUGUUCAGAACGAAUUGCAAAUUGAAAUUGCCUCUGAUCGUACGAGUAAUCGGCUGGGUAUUAUCUACUGCCAUAAUGUUCUCGGUAGUCUACGGUCUAUAUCCCGGAAACUUAACCGUGCCGGUGAGUUCCGUGUACGCCGCCUUAGGACACACCGCCUGGGCGAUCGGUGUAUCCUUCAUCGUGAUUCAAUGCUGCACCGGGUACGCUAGAAUGAUCGACAGUCUGCUGUCGCUCAAACUGAUAUAUCCGCUAUCGAGGUUGACUUACUGCGCGUACUUGGUGCAUCCUGUCAUCAUGAUGGUCACUGUAUCCCAGAUGGAUGGUCCGCUCCAUCUUCACAACAAUAUCGUGCUGAUCUUGUACUUUGGCAAUCUGGUCGCCUCCUACUUGAUGUCGUUCUGCAUUUCCAUCGCGUUCGAGGCGCCCAUCGUCAAUCUGCUCAAGAUCGCUUUCAUAUCGAAGAAGAGGAUAAGAUAGAGAAAGAUCGAACGUAGCGUAUCGCGCGAUCGAUGCUAGGUAAUGGACGUUUCGAUUUUCCUUACAAUAGGCGCGUUAUUAAAAACCUGCUAUCGACUUCCUUGUUCCUCAGGAUUUAAUCGUAGUUCUCCAGUGCAAGAGGAAAGAAUCCCCGACUCUCUGGCAGAUAUUUUCGGGACAAAGAUAAAAGCCGCUUUCGUGCAUCUAUUUUUCUCGAGAACGAUACAAUACACUGCUACCGUGCUUUGACAAUUUAGAUGAUGCGAAAUCAAUGCGAUUUCGUCGUACUUAAUAGGAAUAUGUUUGCACAGGCGCUUAUGACUGUCGUAAAGUAUAAAUCAAAGGCAAAUGCGUCUUCCGUAGAACACAGGCGAUCAAAGCGUAUUAAAUUCGUAAUUUCGCAGAAAAAGCGGGCGUUCAUUUUGUCUCGCUCAUCGUUCGUGUCAAGAGUGUGAGAAAGAUUCUUCGCAAAGCAUCGCCGAAACGAUAGGCUUCUCGCGCGUUAUUUUAUACGAUUCCAAUAGCGUUUUUACCGUCGGUCAUGUGCCACGGGAAUAUUUACGAUUGGUGCAGUAAGGAAACUUGGACAAAAGUUGGAAAUCGAGCGAAGAUCGAAAGAAGAAACGAUCGGGAGCCGUGCCCAGCCACCGCUAGUCCAGUUCGACGAAAGCAGAGGAAAUCGGAAAACGAUAAAGGCGGCGAAACAAUUGUAGCUUAAGACCGAACUUUAAAUAACUAAGAUCGAUAUCACACCUGUUCGCGAGUGUCAAUAACGAAAGAAAAUGUUUGUACAAAAAAUUGAAAAAAAGCGUUUCAUUUUAAACGUAUUGGUAUUUCCCGAGCGACGAAUAUCUUGUCUGCGUGUACGCCAAAACGACAGAAAUAGGAAAGCGCGUUAAACUUAGAUCGAAGAAAAGAUAAAUCGAUAUUUGCGCGAUCUCUGACGCUGUUUCACGCCUGGACGAAAUUUAAUGUUAGACGGACGUGAUUCGUUUAAAGUGAUCGUUGCUUCGUUAAAUUACAAAAAGCAGUUGAAAAACGAGUACGUUUUUUUCACGUCAUUCUUUCUUAGAUACUAACUCGAUACGCGUCUAUUUACCGCAAAAUGAAAUGAAAAACUGUCGUCACGUAGGCGUUAUAACUGUUAGGAAAAAGAAAAAUAUCAUGCAAAGCGUGCCGAAUCUCUUCUGCUGCCAACGACUAAAUUAAAAAUCACUGAAACGUAAUUGAUAUUUGGAGUAAAAGAUUAAUAGUAAAAAGGAGUUUCUCGUUUACUCGUGAACCAACGUUCGCGGUGUUUCGCCACACGGCGGUAAAAAGUAACCUUACCUUUUUUUCAUCCUCUGACGUAAAAACGUAACGGAAAAAGCAAGUAAAUAUAUGCGGGCAGAAACGAGCACGAAGGAAAAUAUGUAAACAGCGCACGGAGUAAUUCUGGCUUAGUACUGGUGCACGCGUGUUCGAUCUUUGCGCGGUGCUACGUGCUCGGAAGCACACGAUUAGUAAUGCAAUUAACGUCCCGUCAAUUACGGCCGUAUAACGUCCAUUUCACGCGAUUAUCGCAACGCGACCGACUGUCUCGCACUUGCAUCAUCUGUCGCGUAUAUCAACGCCAUGACGUUUGCCUUCUCUUUCUGCGUAUUCUCGAAACCUGCUUAUAAACUUCGCUUCUUCCCUUUCGCUUUUUCAUUUUUCGCUUCCUCUUCGGGAAUACUUUGAUUCGCCUCGCGAUUCCGCUAUUAUUAAACUAUUUGCAGCGCAGUGUUGAAAAAUCUUCGAGCAAAGAUCGCGAAGUAUUUUCGAGGAAAUUCUAGUUUCAUUCCAGUCCCGGAGAAUCCGGAGAAUCCAAGAUCAGAGUCGUCCAGUACGGUUUACGAUUUAUCACGAAACUGUAGCCAUCAAACAGUAGUCAGAAAUCGAGAUGACACGCUCGUGGCUCGAGCCAAACCGAAAUUCUGCCAACUGUCUUCCACGUGCCUUUUCUCGUUCCGCUUCUAAUAACGAUUACCAAAAAAAAAAAAAAAAAAAAAAAAAUCAAUGGAACUUUUACGAGCCGGAACGUUCGGAAAUCGAAUAUCGUGGAAUAUGAUUUUCGAGGCAGUCAAAUUUCCAAGUGAUUUUAGAAGCGAAUUUUCAUCUCCGAAAUAGCGAUAUCCGAUAACUGGAAUCGAAGGUUGGAAAGAAAUGAGACGAGAAGAGUAAAAAUUUACGAGGAUCCUCGGUCGGAUAACUAGUUCGUUAAUGGAAUCGAAUGCAGAUCAGGCAGGCCUGUAUUUCGUAUUUGUAGUCGAGCAAAUAGAUACGGUUAAUCGGCAUAGUCGGCCCUACAGCAACCAGAGUCUAAUGCUAAUACAAGUACGAGCAUCCCUCCAUUGACAAUCCAAUUUACGUAUAUAUCCUGUGUAGCUUCUAAAGUGCAUCGUCUAAAUCGAAUUCGAAAUGCGCGUCGGUUUUCGGCCGACUUCUCGACCAUCGUUUUAAUCGAGCAAAUACCGUGUAACGAAUAACGAUUUAAUGCGUUAACGAAGAUUAUUAAUGAAACGUUGCAUGUCGUUGAUCAAUUGCAGAUAACGAAUCGGACGAUAUGAUCGGUAAUUUAGGAUCGAAUAUUUUAUACUCGCUCGUUAGAGGCGGUAACAAGUUGCGCGCAACUUCGACCCGCUUAAUUUUUCAUUGUUCUCUCGAUUAUUCGCAUGUACGUGUAACAUACAUGGCUGCAAAGUUUCACGAACUUUCGAUGUUUCGAUCACCGAAUUUAUGUUAUUCUCGACUACUGUCCCAUUUAAUAUACUCGUAAUUUUAUUCGUUAUUCUCGACUCGAUUUUCAGAAGUUACGCGUUUCAUGCACGUCCUGUUCGAACGAUAUACGCAUGCAUGCAUGUACACGCAUAUAUACAGAUACGAUAUAGGUAUACAAUAAGUACAUAGAUAUAAAAGUUCGAUACGGUAAAUGUCUAAAUAUUUUCGCCAGCCGCUAUAUUCGGGCCAGUGGUCAGAGGUGAAUAUCCAAGGCGAAUACGAUGUUACGGUAUGAGCGUCCUAUCACAUGCCGUCCGUUUCGAGUGAUUUCGCGGUUGCACGUGUCAGCACGGGUACACGCUCGCGUAUGCAUAGAAGGCCGUGCUUUGCCGCAGAUGUACCCGUUUUCGUAUUGUCACGCAAACGUCAUCGGAUUAAGUUGACGACGUAAGCGAAAGAUGAACAAACGAUAACGUAAUGGUACGAGCUAGGCGCCUCGUUAACCGAAUCGAUAUACAGUGCGUUAAUCAUCGCGCGUUCCUCUCUGCGUCCAACCAGUUAAUGCGCACGCACCUAUUGUCUGUAGCCAAUUAAGGCUUCGAGGGGCAUUGCGGUUAAUGGUCUCGCCUAAAUAUUUCAUCGUUGAUGAAACGCAACGUAUUUCCGAUCGUGCGAGUAAUAAUCCAGUUCGAGCGAGUCGAACGCACCUGUAUUUUCCUCGUUUCGGUAAAAAUAUUUCCGGGACAGCACAGCACAGGGAAAUACCGCGCGUAUUCCAAAAUAUUUCGUUUUAAAGGAGAUAUAUUCGUAUCGAUAUGCACAGCCGGAAAUAUACGUAUGUUAGUACCGAGAACGAAUAAGAAUGCCGUGCUCUUGCAACCAUUUCCGUCCCUAUUUCGUCCAAUUUGUUCUUAUUCGCGUUUCGAAUCCAUCACCGACCAAUACCAACGAUGUUGGAGAAAAUUUUACGUAGUUUCCGUGAUUUCAUUUGCUCGUAUGUAUGACGAAAAGUGGAAACGUCCAAGAUGAACUGUGUCCGACGUCUGUUUCGCGAAUUCGCCCUGAAACCAGGUCGUCCUCGUGAAAUAAUUGGAGCAAAGUUGUGUAUGAUAUACGAACAGGCCUAUUUUCCACGAGUUACUGGAGCAAGGACUGCUUAACGAGAUACGGAAGCGGAAGAUCUUAACGCUUUCGCUGCUGUAUUUUACUGUCGAUUGUACGUGCAACACACGGUCGUUACAUCUUGACGAUUUACAUCGUUACACGGGUCCAAAGUUAAAGGAAAGCUUUAUCGAAAAAGUGGAACGAGGCAGAAAGGGGCUGCAACGACGGAAAGAACUGCAGUUCGAGGAAAUCGUCGAUCAAGGUACCCGAACGAAGAUGAAUUAAUCAGAAGCUCGCGAUAUCGAAAACACGUAGAGGAGAGUAUCGAAGAAAUUGAUGGUGGCGCAGGCGCGGGGAACGUGGCGCGCAGCAAGAGCCGCAUUUUCACGAGCAGUUGGCCUAAAGGCGUCGCAGAUCGAGCACGCGAAACACGAGUCGCCCAGUAUCGGUCGAAAGACACGAGGUUUCGCGUGACGUCGCUAUCCCAACUUGCAGAUAAGUGUUUUCGAAAUACCAAAAACUUAUUUCGCUUGGACCGGAUUGACGAUAAAUAAAUUCCGAAAAUAAUCGAUUACCGAUUUGAAUAUCAUCGAAAUGCUCGCGGAAACAAUUUGACCGCUCGCGUAAGCUACGACGUACGAUGGUUUUCGCUGGUGAGCGGAACGUAUGAAAUUUUCUGGAAGGUCGAAGGAAGCCACGAUCAAUCGUCCAUGGAUAGGACCAGCCUGCGCGAUACGUGAAAUUUGGUCACGGUGAAGUAUUUCGAACAGGACGCGAAACGUGACGCGAAACGUGACUCGACUCGAAGUAACGAGAUCGCGCAAGUCCCAGGGUUCGACCAACUUUCCCAGACACACUGACGUGGUACAUCGUGCCGCUGACAAGCAAGCGAGCAAGCAAUGUACGCCACUCGAUCUUCCUACGACGUGGUAUCGAUUCAAAAAUAAAUAGAAUAAAUAGAAACACGUGUCGUCGAGAAGAAUCUAAAAUCCAAGUUCGGAACAAACUUGAAAUA